AUGGUUGAGGUCGAAAUUCCGCUCGGCCCGGCGACGGCAAGGAGGAGGCAGCCCUUUUCUGAUUACUCGAAAAAAGAUCAAGAAAGGCUGAUGAAGAUUUGCGGUCAUUCUGAUGGGAAACCUUGCAUUACGCCGCAAUGCGUGAUCGUCCAAACCAAAGAGGUGCAGCGCGAAAAAUGGGUCCCCGUACUGAUUGGGGAAGCUUUCCCGAAACCCACGGAUAGCCCUAGCAAGGUUAUGCGGUGUUGGCUGUCGAUAGGAAUAUUUCUGUACUCGGCUACUACCACUUUUGGAUGGUUUUACGGAAGGGAUGAACCGGAUGCGUGGACGCAAGGAGGGGUCUUUCCGCUUCCAGCGUUGAUUAAAUAUGGCCAUGACAACAUCACGCUCUCCCCAAAGCGGUUCCUGAUCCAAGCCGGGGAUCACGAGGAAUGUGAUAUCGUAGCGAAAAGUGUGGAGACUUACGUGAAGAAAUGGAUGUUCCCAUUUCCGGUCGAGGCCAAGGAGGAUUUCCCUGAGUUCGGACUCCAGGUCACCAUCGAGGAAAAAUGUCCGACUGGCGUGCCACCGGAUAACAUGAUUGAGAGUUAUUCCCUCUCCAUCUCCAAGGAAGGAUCGACACUUCGUGCUCAGCAAGUCUGGGGCUUCCUCCGAGGGCUGGAAACGUUCUCUCAACUUAUUUUCUACGACGAGGAAUCGAAUUCGUACCUCCUCCGCACCGUCGAAAUUGCUGAUAGCCCAAGAUACACCGUCCGAGGCCUAAUGCUCGAUACUUCUAGACAUUUCCUUCCCAAGAAAAUUAUUUUUCGACAAUUGGACCUGAUGGCUCAAAACAAGAUGAACGUCUUCCAUUGGCACAUCGUGGACAGCGAGGCUUUUCCCUAUACCUCGGAGAAGUUCCCAAAACUGCAUGUAGUUGGAGCCUACUCGAGGCGUCAUGUCUACACGAAGCAAGACAUCAAAGACAUCGUUGACUACGCCAGGAUCCGUGGAAUCCGAGUCAUGCCCGAGUUUGAUACUCCAGCCCACACUGGAGCGUGGCGAGGAGUAGAAGGCCUAGUCACCAGAUGCUUUGAUGAGAAUCAGGUUGAGACGAAUCUGCCGAACCUCCUCGACGCUUCUGAGGAGAAGACCUUUGAGUUUUUGAGCGAGUUCUUUAAGGAGGUAGCUGCCGACUUCCCGGAUGCCUAUAUUCACCUUGGUGGCGAUGAAUCGGAUUUGUUCAUUAGGGAAUGUUGGGAUCGCAACGUCAAAAUUCAACAAUUCAUGGAGCGUAACAAUUUCUACACCACCACCCAGCUGGAGAAUUAUUACUUUGGAAGACUUCAAGACAUCGUUGCCAACGCUACAAACCACAAGACGCAAGUGUUCUGGCAAGAAGUGUACGAUAACAACAAUCCGUCAACCUCCGCCAUAGUACACUUAUGGAAAGGAAACACGCAUCAAAACAUCAAGGAUUCGGCCCGGAUAAUUACCGCGACCGGGCAGAGGGUUAUCGUAUCGUCUUGCUGGUAUCUAAAUUACCACAAAUAUGGAGCCGAUUGGAAGGACGCGAUUGCGAAUCAGAUUGAAUCGAACGCAAAAUACUACUACUGUGAUCCUCGUGACUUUGAAGGCUCCGAUGAGCAAAAGUCACUCGUCUUGGGUGGUAUUGUGACGAUGUGGGGCGAAAUGGUGGAUGCUACAAAUAUUGAAGCGCGAACUUGGCCCCGCGCCUCCGCUGCAGCCGAACGGCUCUGGUCCCCGGCCGAAUCGACGAAAAACGCGACCCUUGCCUGGCCCCGGCUACACGAAUUGAGAUCCCCCUAUCCUUCCAAGAACGCGUACAAAUCGGUGGCGCCGGCGGAAUUUCUCGAUUUUGGCUGGCCGUCGCUAAUUCGAUGCGAUGUGGGUUUUUGGGUGGCCGGGAUGGGUCUAACCAAGGAAUGGAAUGCCCUAUGGGAGGUGGACGACCCGAAUUUUUCGCAAUUCGACUACACCGCCAAAAAAUAUUACAUCUGCGGGAUCCAUGUUAAGCGCGCAGCCUUUUUCGUCCUUCUCCUCACCUUUCUAGAAAUUAUUUUGUACAUUUCGGCCUUUGUCCUUGGAUGGAAUCCGGGCAUCGUCAGGCCGUUUAAGUAUGUCGUGCUACCACUCGUUUUUAUUGCUGCUCUACUACUUUGGUGGGGUUUGAGGGACCAUCACGCCUUCAGGUUGCUGCCCUACAUUUUUGUUACGCUCAUCCAAAUCGUCUUCCAUCCGGUCCCACUUCUUGUACAUUUGUAUACAAAGUACGCGGACAAGGAUGGUGAUGGCAUCUUCACUGAUAAGAACGACGAUGGUCGAGAGGAUAACAACAUCCUCCGCGGAAUGAGCGACGUCGGCCAGACGUUGGCAUGCAUGCUCUUGAUCCCGGUGGUCAUCUACCUCUUCUUCAUUUACGUCGUUCAUCGAUGCCGCAAAUACUUCCUCGACAUUGACGCAGCUCAGAACAAGAACCUCCCCAACGUUCGCUACCAGAAA